AUGAAGAAAGAGGAAAAGCGCCUGAGUGAAGGAGGGCGCUGGAGCGGCUUCGGGAAGGGCAGCUCCGCCCGUCCAGCUGCGUCGGCGUGCAAGAUGGAAAGGCCGUCUUCUUCUCCUUUUUCUCAUGCGUCUUGCUCUGUGCGCACGAAGCCCGAGUCUUCCGGCGCGGGUCUCCUCAAGUCUUCCUCUUCGUCUGCGGCGGCCACUUCAUCUUCUUCCUCUUCGCUGCCCAAGACGACGGCCUGGACCUGCCGCGCGGACAAGCAGGCGACCCUCGCGCGGCUCCGCGAGGCGCAGAAACUCGCGGCGGGCGGGUUCAAGCGCGAAGCGAAGGCGAGCGUGAAGCGCAACCCGUCGGCUGGGACGGCCGCGAAAGCCCCGAGCAAGAAGCGGCGCCGGCGGACGAAGGGCGCGGGGGGCAAACGUCGGCGCCGGCGGAGGCCGACGGCCGCGCAGCGCGAGGCAGGUCGGGCGACGCUGAUGCGGGAGGUGCGGCUCUCGCCGCUGCUGCAGGCGGUGGUGUGUGAGGUCUAUCCGGAGAAGCGGGAGGCGGGGGGCGAGAUUCGCAUGUCGCGGCCUCAAGUGACAAAGUGCAUCUGGCAGUACGCGCGGGACCGUCAGCUGCUGCGCACCGAAGGCGGCGGGCGCACGGUGCGCUGCGAUGCGAAGCUCCAGGCGCUCUUCGCCGGCCGAGAGGAAGUCGACCUUUUCCGCGAGCUGCAAUCGCUGCUGGUGCCGCACCUUCUCUUCUACGAAGAGGACGAAGGCCGCGGAACCGACGAGGAGGCGAUCGUCAUUGACACCGAGAGCAGCACGGAUGACGCGGCGCCCGCUGGCGUGCAGGGGGUGCGCGGCCGCAUGAGGCGCCCCGGGGCGCCUGGCAGCGGAGCGUCUUCCUCGAGCUCGUCCGACGAGGACAGCAGCAGGAGCAGGUCCAGCGGCGACGCCUCAGAUGACAGUGAAUCGUCAAGCAGCGAAGAUCACGCGCCAAGAGAGCGAGACGACACGCCAAGAGAGCCAGACGACGACGGGGGGGCGGGGCGAGGCGCCCCCGCCUACCAUCGGCCGGCGAGUCGCGAGGGAGAGAGAACGAAAAAGCGACCAGCCGAACUCGACGAACGCGGCCGCGCGCGCCGGAGGCGCCUUCUCCACUCCGCGUCCUCUUCGAGCGACGAGGAAUCCGAGAGGGAAUCUCGCUCGUCGCGAGACGAACGAGGCAACACGUCGUGCCGCGCAGCUUCGUCCCCACCCGCGAACGUCACCUCUUCUUCGUCGUCUUCUUCAUUUCCUUCGUCUUCGUCUUCCUCGUUGCGGCCCUUAUCUUCAUCGUCUUCGUCGCCGUCUUCUUCUUCAUCGCGGCCUACAUCAUCAUCAUCAUCCUCUUCUUCCUCUUCUUCACCGCGGCCACAGUCUUCGAUGUCUUCUUCAUCGUCUUCUUCAUCCUCGUCGUUCGCCUCCUUUUCGUCUUCAGCUGGCUCCUUCGCUGGCCUCUCGGGCGGCGCGCGGGAAGCGGCGGUGACGGGCGACUGGCGCCGCGUGUUUCGCCGCCCGGGGGAGAGACCGGAGAACCCUUCCGCAUCUUCCCUCUGGUCGUGUGCGCCUCCGCUCUCGGCUUCUUUGCGCCACCCGCGAGAAGAGACACACGAAGACGCGGAGGAGCGACGGAGACGCAUUCGGCUCGCGGUCGCGGCGGCGGUAGGGGCCGAGGCAGACGCGCACGGGCGCGAGCGGGCGCGGCGCGGCGGCGACGCGUCUUCCAGCGCAGACCGCAGACGCAGGCCUGAUGAGAGUGCGGAGGGCGGGAGAGCUGCGCCCAGAGGAAGGCGGUUUGCGAUUCCGCCGCUGCCGCCGCGGAGCGCGGCCGAAAGUCGUCAGCGGUGCGACCCGCGCGGAGAGGCGCGCGACGCAGACAGACUGGAGCGCGAAGGCCGUUCUAUCUUCGAGGCUAGCAACCUCGUGCGGACGGAGGCCGUCUGCAGCGAGGGAGAAAGCGGCCGCGACGAAGGGCGUCGGCACCUCGAGAGAAGCAGCGAGGGAUACGGCAAGACGGAGGCGAACCUCGCCGGCGAGGAACGUGCGCGGAGGGCGGAGGACUGGAGCGCAAAGCCCAGGAGAGACGAGGAAGAAGGAGCACAUGGCCGUGGGAGCGCGAGCAAGCGCCCGCGAGGGGAGGAUGGAAUCGAAGGGAAAAGAAGAAGCGCUGGAGAGAGCGACCCCCCUGACGAGUCCUCCUCCUCCUCUGAUUCGAGUGAGAAAGCAGGGCGCCGAGAAGGCGAGCGCAGAAGGAAGCGGAGCCGACGAGCGUCUCGCGCCCCGUCGGACGAGGAGGGACAAGGCCGCGACGGCCUGCUGUCGCGUCUCUUUGCGAAAUCCUCGAUUAAGCGGAAGCGCGCGUCCUCCAGCGCGGUCGAAGACGAAUCCGCCGCCAGUCUCUCUCGCUUCGCUUCCUCGUUGUUUUCUCCUUCUUCUUCUCUGCUGGGCGCGGACGGCGCUGCGGCGUCCGCGUCACUCACCGUCGUCAUUCCCAGCGAGGACUCUGGAGUGAGCCUAUACCUCGGGGGGAUCGCCGGCGCUUCCGUCUCUCCCUCCUUCGAGGUUCGACCGUCGCGACGCGUUGCUGCGGCGUUUGUCGAAGGACGGCUGGUCUUCCAGUUGACGUAUUUUCCGCUCCUCAGCCCCGUGAAGAAGACCGAAGACGGCCGGCUGCACAGCGAGCGGCGCGCCGGGGGAGAGGACAGACUCAAGGGCGAGAAGGGGGCGGCGGCUGCUGGUCGAGAGGGGAGUGAAGCAGGGUGCGGAGCCAGCGGCCAGCCUGCAGACGAGCGCGGCGCGUCCUUUGAACUCGCAGUGGAAACUCUGGCUCCAUGCGCCGCGCCUUCGUCGCGCUUGGAUCUUGCGGGACCGGUGCAUGUGACUCUCGACCGAGCCCCGGAGACGGGCGCCUUCCGCCUUCGCGGCGCGUGUUGCGUCUGUGGCCUGCACCCUGCGGAGGCCUACCGGUUCGUCCUGCAGGCAGUCAAGCGAAAGAAACCCCGCGAGGAAGACGCGAAUGGCGACUCGCACCCCGACAGCGCCUCGCCGUCUCCGCCCUCCACCGCUGGCGCCUCUUCGGCGCCUCGCUCGGCUUCUUCUUCCGCCUCGCGUGCGCAGGCCGCGACUCCAGCCUCAGCGCCCACUGUCUCGGUGCAUGACCUCGCAGACGCCGUGCUCAUGCAGCGCGCCUCUCCCAGCCUCUGGAGCGUCUCAGAAGCGUCGCUCUUCCUCCACUCGCUGCGCGUGCCCGGCCUCGCGGCUGCCGGCGAGUCCUGCGCCCUCGAUGGCGCAGGCCUUCUCGAGCUCCGCAGUGAGGACUUGCAGAGUCUCGGCGUGCAGGCACCGUUCCUGCGCCGACGCGUGCUCGAGGCGAUUCGGAGCUUGCAGGGAGGCGGCGAGAAGAGAGAAAAACAGGAAGAAGAAGAAAAGCAGGCAGAGUCACAGGGAGACGCACACGGCGCGCGAAGCCUCGAGGGCGAAGACGGUGGCGCGCAGGGGAGAGGCGAAGGAGAGAGGCACGGGGCGCCUCCGCGGGCGCCACGAGAGAGACUGCCGGCCGCGGAGGCAGGCGGAGAGGCUCUUCCGAGCGAACGCGAAGAUCAAGCGAACGAGCGGGGCGUUUCGAUCAAAAUUAGAGUCGAGGAGGCCGUAAGCAGAGAGGCGACCGGCGAAGAUGACAUGCCGCUGAACUCAGAGAGAGACGCAGGACCGCCAAGAGACGCUCGCUUGGCGACUCAAGCGGAGAUACAGAUCGCCCCAGCGGAGACGUCGCAGCGACCUUCGUCUUCUUCUCCCUCCUCGGAUCCUCCGCUUGCUGCGAGUCUAGAGCCCGCGCAGGCCGUUCUUCCCCACGACGCAGCUGUGCCUGUCAAGCAGGAGAGAUUCUGA